GUUGAGUCAGGGGCUGGCAGCCCGGGCGGGCAGGCUCGCAGCCGGCUGAGGGAGCCUCGCGGAGGGGCAGCAAGGCGAGGGACAGGAGCACACGAGCCUCCCCGGGUGCAGCAGGUCCCCGCGCCUCCUCUGCCCGCGGGUGCUGGGGGGCCCCGGCUCUCCGCGCUGCCGCCUUCCUCCACGCAGCCGAGAUGUCAGCUAAACGUGAUGUUGUAAAAUCCAUGUGAGGACGGAAAGACAGAUGCAAUGAUUUGAAAGGUUUUUGAGUUUGGAGGAAUAAUAGAUUUUUGCCUACGGGAAGAAUGCAGUGAAACUGCCAAUAUUUCUAGCUGGAAUUAUAGAUUUGAUAUUCAACUUUAGUGUUACUAAUUUCUUAUUACAUAGUACCUCAAAGUAGAAGAAAAAUGUAUGGAAGUGCAAGAACAAUCAGCAACUUAGAAGGAAGUCCCUCCAGGUCUCCUCGUUUGCCAAGAUCUCCUCGCUUGGGCCACAGGCGAACAAAUAGCGGAGGAGGAGGAGGAACAGGUAAGACGCUAUCAAUGGAGAACAUCCAGUCCCUUAAUGCAGCCUAUGCAACAUCUGGACCAAUGUAUCUGAGUGACCAUGAAGGUGUAGCUUCUACUACUUUCCCAAAGGGCACAAUGACUCUCGGAAGGGCUACGAAUCGAGCUGUAUAUGGUGGUCGAGUCACAGCUAUGGGGAGCAGUCCUAAUAUUGCUUCAGCUGGACUUUCCCACACAGAUGUCCUUUCUUAUACUGAUCAGCAUGGAGGUCUGACCACAUCUUCACACCAUCAUCACCAUCAGGUUCCUUCGAUGCUGAGACAGGUUAGAGAUAGUACUAUGUUAGACCUACAGGCUCAGCUUAAGGAGCUACAGAGGGAGAAUGAUCUUCUCAGAAAAGAACUAGAUAUUAAGGACAGCAAGCUGGGAUCCUCCAUGAAUAGCAUCAAAACUUUCUGGAGUCCUGAGCUAAAGAAAGAGAGAGUAUUGAGGAAAGAAGAAGCAGCCAGAAUGUCAGUUCUUAAAGAGCAAAUGAGAGUUUCCCAUGAAGAAAAUCAGUUUUUGGAUGCCAGGAGAACAAAGCAUCUGCAAAUGACAAUCCAGGCACUUCAGGAUGAGCUUAGAACCCAGAGAGACCUUAACCAUCUUCUCCAGCAAGAAAGUGGAAACCGAGGAGCUGAGCAUUUCACCAUUGAGCUCACAGAGGAGAAUUUUCGAAGACUUCAAGCAGAACAUGAUAGACAGGCUAAAGAACUCUUCCUCUUGAGAAAAACUCUGGAAGAAAUGGAGCUGAGGAUUGAAACACAAAAGCAAACACUAAAUGCUAGAGAUGAAUCGAUAAAAAAGCUUUUGGAAAUGUUGCAGAGUAAAGGUUUACCAUCCAAAGGAAUGGAAGAUGACAAUGAGAGAACUCGAAGGAUGGCAGAGGCUGAAUCUCAGGUUAAUCAUUUAGAAGUGAUUUUAGACCAGAAGGAGAAGGAAAACAUACAUCUUAGAGAGGAAUUACAUAGAAGAACCCAACUACAGCCUGAGCCAGCAAAGACAAAAGCUCUUCAGACAGUUAUCGAAAUGAAGGAUACAAAAAUAGCUUCACUUGAGCGCAAUAUAAGAGAUCUUGAAGAUGAGAUACAGAUGUUAAAGACGAAUGGAGUCCUGAAUACAGAGGACCGAGAAGAAGAAAUCAAACAAAUAGAGGUUUACAAGAGUCACUCAAAGUUCAUGAAAAAUAAGAUUGACCAACUGAAACAAGAACUCUCAAAGAAAGAAUCAGAACUUCUUGCCUUACAGACUAAGCUUGAAACCCUUAGCAAUCAGAAUUCAGAUUGCAAGCAACACAUUGAAGUGCUUAAAGAGUCACUUACUGCCAAAGAACAGAGAGCUGCCAUACUUCAGACAGAGGUUGAUGCCUUGAGGUUACGAUUGGAAGAAAAAGAAACCUUUCUCAAUAAAAAAACAAAACAACUUCAAGACCUCACAGAAGAGAAAGGAACCCUGGCUGGAGAGAUUCGAGAUAUGAAGGAUAUGUUGGAAGUAAAAGAAAGAAAAAUUAAUGUCCUUCAGAAAAAGAUUGAAAAUCUACAGGAACAACUUAGGGACAAAGACAAACAACUAACCAAUCUAAAAGACAGAGUGAAAUCAUUGCAGACGGAUUCUAGUAACACGGACACAGCACUAGCAACCUUAGAAGAAGCUCUGUCAGAGAAGGAAAGAAUAAUAGAGCGCUUGAAGGAGCAAAGGGAGCGAGAUGACAGAGAAAGACUUGAAGAAAUCGAAUCUUAUAAAAAAGAAAAUAAAGACCUGAAGGAGAAAGUUAAUGCUUUACAAGCUGAGCUGACAGAAAAAGAGUCUAGUUUAAUCGAUCUCAAAGAACAUGCAUCUUCAUUGGCAUCAGCAGGGCUGAAAAGAGACUCCAAACUUAAGUCUUUAGAAAUAGCCAUAGAACAAAAGAAAGAAGAGUGUAGUAAGUUGGAAGCACAAUUGAAAAAGCAAGCUGAACAGUUGUUCAAUCAGAUGUACAAUCCAGCUCACGAAGCUGAAGAGGAGGCACGGAUGAAUCCAGAAUUUGCAGACAGAAUGAAACAACUUGACAAAGAGGCUUCAUACUAUAGAGAAGAAUGUGGCAAAGCUCAGGCUGAGGUUGACAGACUUCUAGAAAUACUCAAGGAAGUAGAGAACGAGAAGAAUGACAAAGAUAAGAAAAUUGCUGAGUUAGAAAGACAUAUGAAGGACCAAAACAAGAAGGUUGCCAAUCUGAAGCACAAUCAGCAAAUGGAGAAAAAGAAGAAUGCGCAGUUGUUGGAAGAAGUUCGUAGACGAGAGGACAAUAUGACGGACAACUCUCAACAUUUACAAGUGGAAGAACUGAUGAAUGCACUGGAAAAGACUAGACAAGAGUUAGAUUCUACCAAAGCCCGUCUUGCCUCAACACAGCAGUCUUUGGCUGAGAAGGAAGCACAUCUGGCUAACCUAAGAAUAGAGCGGAGAAAACAGCUUGAAGAAAUUCUAGAAAUGAAACAGGAAGCAUUGCUUGCUGCAAUUAGUGAAAAAGAUGCAAACAUUGCCUUGCUUGAACUGUCUGCUUCAAAGAAAAAGAAGACUCAGGAGGAAGUAAUGGCUCUUAAACGAGAGAAAGACAGAUUAGUGCAUCAGUUAAAACAGCAGACACAAAACAGAAUGAAACUGAUGGCAGAUAACUAUGAUGAUGAUCAUCACCACUACCACCACCACCACCAUCACCACCACCACCGAUCUCCUGGGAGACCACAACACACCAACCACAGACCCUCUCCAGACCAGAUGAUCCGGUCACUGUUGGAGGCACAUAGCCACGGCAAAAUCUCAUGCUGUACAUUGAUCACCUGUCCAACCUUUGCCUAGAGUGUGAUCCCCAGUUCCUUCAAGAGAUCCAUCUUUACCUGCCUAUAAAGAAGAGGAAGAGGAGGAGGGAGACAUCUGGGAUAUUCAAGUAUCAAAGUUUAACACCAGAGCAGGUUGAAUCUCCAUUUAUAUUAUUCUCUAUAUGUGUUGCUAGUAUUGACUUGGAUAAUUGGUUGAAGCUUUUUCAGUAAUUACAUAGUGUGCUCUGAAGUUUUUACCAACGUUAAAACAUUUUUGUUUAGGCGCCUCACUUACCAAAAUUACGCGUGUUUUUCAUAGUUCCACAGUGUGAAAUUGAAUCCAAAGUCAUUCUGCUAUUAAAGAAGUUAGCUAAUAAUGAGCAUGCAUGGCAGCUUGUACGCUUACCACAAAGACCAGAGGGGCUUGUGUAAAGCUGUUCAGUGUACUGUAGGUUUUUACCGUUCUGUGUUUAGCCCAUGCAGCUGAAUGGCGGUCCUCGGCAAGUACGCUUCUUUUCAGUCACUUGCUUCAGGGGUCUUACACGUCCUUCUUCCUCAUUCUUCCUCCCGCCUUUGCAAGAGGACUUUGAUAUCCGCAGAGCAGACAGGGUUUCGCUUGCUGUCCUAAGGACUGCCCCUUCAGGAGUCUAGCACAGCCCACACACGCUCCUGGAAAAUGUCCAACUUGUUCUUGGAGCAGAAUGUGAACCGGUGACCUUCUGGGCCUCCGGCAAGAGUGCUGCCUACUGAGCCACCAAUACCCAGGCCAUCAAUAAGUUUUAAAUGCCAGUUGCAGACUUCACAGAGAUAAUGACUUCAGUGUGUAAAGGUUUUGUUGUGGAGGCUGCAGUCUCACAUAUGGCGUGACAGAGUAAAUAUGCUAAAACCAUAGAGAGCUGUUACAUAACUUGCCUUGAUAUAACAGUUUUUGUAAUAUGUUUCAAGGCAUGGAAUAUUAUUUAAAGGGACACUGUUAUGUAGGCUUAGGCCCAAAAUGAAGCUAUUAUAAAAAGAAUGUUUAGCAAAAACAGAAAUACGGCCAUGAAAUUGUUGGAGUGGGAAUUUCAGGGUAAACUUGCUUGGAUUUAAACAGUCGCCUGCAUGACAUUGCACUGUUGUGCUAGGGAAUGAGAACCAGAAAAUGAAAAUACUAUAAAGUGAGAAUCAGAAAGUGAAACUGACCUGAAUUAAGAUACGAGAAGUCUAUUAGUAUUAUUAAACUUUUUAAAAAUGAAAGACUGCUACAUUCUGAGAAAGAUGAGAAGAAAAAAAAUCAGUUCUACCUUUGUAAUUCAAAGCAGCGUUACUGACACAGGUAAAUAAAUGCAUUGUGUUUUAAUAUUAUGUUUUACCUGUUUUCAAGUAAGUUCUAAAAUAAUUUUAAUAUGAAAUAAGCUUUAAAAUUUUUGGCACAUUUCAAUUUUAUUGAUAUUCUAUAUUUUCAAUUUAGCGUUGAAAUCAUACAACAAGCAUAUCAAUGUUUGGGUAAUUCAGAUUGUUAAAUAUGGCUGUUGUUACCCCAAAUAUUAUUUAUAGACAUGGAUCAAGAAGGAAAACUUACAGACAGAUUCAAGACAGGACUUAUAUUCUGAAAAGGCCGUUAGAUAAAUUGCAUAAACCUUCUUUGGAGCAAAGGCCAGGAACCCAGGACUCCGUUUCCCAGCCGAGUGCCCAAAUCACUAGGCUACAGACUCUUGCUCCCUCUUGUGUUCUUUCUCUGGCCCAGUGAAUCUUGAAUUAUUUUCUGUUCAAUGAUACAGUUCCAACAGGAGGGCUUUAAUAUAUCCUUAUCCUCAUGCCAGCAUUUCACGCAGCCUCUGGCCUAGUGAACAUUCUCCUAAAAGAUAUUGCUUUGAAUCUCAGACUGAAGAAAGAGUCAGACCUGGGUAAUUUGCUUGUAGGAUGCGUGGUCCUACUACUAGGCUAGGAAAGACUGCUAUUAAUGUACUAUCUUAUGGAGAAAUAGCACCUGAAAAAUGUUGUAGGGAACCCAGCCUGGUGGGUGUCUGUUAGGCUUGUUUUGAUAGCUCCUGUCGCUGGCAAAUCUUGCCGUAGAAAACUGCAUUGUCUUUCGAGAAUAGACAUCUCCAGGCUGAGACAGGGGCCUGGAGGACCACCAUUUUGGAUGGAGGUGCCUAAAUUCUGCUCAUAGCAUUUUUAAGUCCCAUCUUUUUAGGACUAUGAUUAGUUUAAUAUCUCCUUUGAAUGUGGAACUGAGGGAUUUAACGAAUCUGUUUUUCAAAUGCAAGUUAACUUUAAAAGAAUGUGUUAUCAUUAAACCAGAUGAUAGGAAGAAUUUGUGGUUCAAAAAUGCAUUGACAGGUGUGAACCACAGGCAAACACAAUGCAUUUUCAAACUCUAAAAAGUGAAAUAACUUUAAUAGUUUAAUAACUUUAAUAAUGUGUUAAUGCUUUUGAUGCAGUUCUGUAGAGCAGUGUGUAUUAGAUCUGAACUCAGGAAUAUUCAACUAGAUUAAUUGCAUUGCA